AUGCUGGUUUUCAGCCUAUCUGUCUUCGCAACAGGUGAACGUCACCGGAACCAGGAUAACCAGGCCACCGAGAACUUCGGUGACUACAGAAGCUUGAAAGGUGGCAACUCAAUCGAAAAGCAGCUUCAGGAUUUCGUUCUUCAUGGCACGGUUCCAGGAUGUGAAGGCUGCCAGGGGCCCAAAGCUACCAAGAGCGUUUGCAGUCACAGCACUGCUCGACGGCUGCAGGCACCAGAGAUCCAAAAGUCCCUGAAGAACAACUGGGAGGAGGCUCAGCCCAGACAGCUUCAGGCCAAAAAGGAUCUAGGCAGUGUAAUCGGACAGCUCCAGGACUUCCUGGAUGGAAAGCCGGUCGAAGGUCAAUGCCCCAAGGCUGAGCCGAUCCUGUCGAUUUCUAUGCCAGUAAAUCUGAAGGAAGCAAAUGGGCUAUCAGCGAUCUUUGUGCCUAUGCUGGUGAGGGCAGCAACAAGUUCUGUGAGCACCAUGAUGCGCGUCCCUCACAAGGUGGUCUCAGUCACACUUUCACAUCCAGCCGAGCCGCGACUUUUGUCCACAGAGGAGGCAAGUGAGCGUGCUGAAAAGGGUUCCAAAUUCAACAUAGUGGCAGAGGUGUCGUCUCCUCCGGAAGAAGCAAUGAAAGCAGCUAUGGGCCCCAACUUCCUCAAGGAUUUCCAACAGCAGGUUUCUGCCGCACUGAUUCAGGAAGGUGCAGAGGCCGGUACAGGAAAUUUUCAUCAGAUUGCAGCUUUUGACAUUCCGGUUCUUGAAGAGAAGAGCAGCUUGGAUGUGGAGGAAUUUCAAAGCGCGGGCUUUGGUACGUUAUGUGCUUCAAACAGGGGAAAGACGCUGCAGCCUGGAGAUGUUGAAGCGAAGGAAGUGGUAUCGUUGAGAGCAUGCGCGCGAGCAUGUAAGGCUACGGCAGGUUGUGCAGGCUUCCAGUUUGGCCAUGCGCACAACACCUGCCAACUGUGGAAGACCGGCAUUUGCAGAAGUGAGGCAGGGAGCAGAAAUUCAUAG